AUGCCACGAGAUGGCCAAAAUAACAAUGGAAAUAAUUACACCCCGCCAUUAUCGCCCCUCCUCAAGUCGAAUACCCUGGACGUUCAGACACUGCGAAUACCAAAGGUCAAAAGCACCUCAAACCUGCUACCCUCCGGCCACAAUGGAUCACCUUCCAACAAUCACCGGACGCGGUUCUCGUUCGACUCUGGCACGACCCAGGAAAUGAACAAUCUGAAAAGGGCUGCUCACGGUGACCACGAACAUGGAUUGGGAAGAUCAGGUCUCCGAAGAAUCCGACGACAGGGUCCUUCAAUACGAACUCCUACUUUCGCGUUCGAUGACGGGGAAUUUGUUGCUUCACCUCUUCAGCAUUCCAAGACUGUCCCCAUCUCCGGGUCCUCUUCACGAUCUGUCUCCGCCAGCUAUCUGCUCAGUGGUCCCUCCUCGCCAGUACUAGAAGACCUGCACCGCUUUCCCUCCGAAUCGCUCCACUCGUACUCCUUUGCGAAACAAUCGGAAGACUUUCUUCACAGCAGGCAGAAUAUUCUACAAAAGUCGGUGGACUUUGUAAGAGAUCGAUCACAAUGGGCUGCCAACCCAGCUCUGGCAGAAGCGCAAGCCCGAGUCAGUGGCAACAUUGAGAUUCAGGGAAUGAUGGAUUUGCUGAAAAAGGCCAACAUUAUAACGAUCGAUACAAAUGACAGCAACUCACGAGCAGUGGGUGCUGGACCUUUGACGGGUCCAGCUCACCACGACGGGCGCAACAUAUUCGAGAAAAGCUUCAGUCAAGAACUUGACCAAGCUCAAAAAGAGGCUGGGCGGGACUACGCCGAGGAUGCGAAGACGCGGCGAAAGUACUCAUUGGAGGACGAAGAGUCCUUCCGAGAACCAGACCUGGAAAUGCGGAUACCUCCCACAAGGGCUGAUUCAAUGAGCGCUGCACGACGGACAGGCCUCAGACGAACCUACACAGACAUCAACUCUGUUUCGUUGCAACAGAAACUCAUCGAGGCGCUCGCACAGCCAUAUUCGACCAAGGAAAGCUCUUAUGCAUAUACCGCCGCCAGCAGCAUACCGGCAACGCCAGUCAUCCCAAGUUCGUCCAAUGUUCACAGCCACAGCAGCAAGUGGUCGCCUACACACCAGGCAGUAUUUCGUACUGAAGCCGACGCGCCUUGGACUAUCUUGGCUGCAAAUGAUUUGGCAUGCCUCAUCUUCGGAAUCCAGCGAGCUGAAGUCCGAUCGUUGAGUAUUCUUGGCAUCAUUCAGGAAGAGAGAAGACAAUGGCUGGAGGCAAGAUUGUCCCGAAAUGACGAGACUGCAGAAGAACAUCAUCCUGCACCAUCUCAGAAUGGAGCUGGGAGUACUAGAAGUGCCAGCGCGUCGCUGAUUGGCUCCAGAAGUGGUAUUACAGCUAGACUGCUUAGUAAAGCUCCCUCUAGAGCUAACAAGUCUUCAGAAAAAGCAAAGACGGCAGACGGUUCAGGUGGCUACAAUCGCCCAAAACCGCUGAACCAUCCGUCCACCAAAUCAAGGGGCGUCCUCCUCUGUGGUGAUAUCGUGCCAAUACAGAAACGAGAUGGCACGAAAGGCGCUGCAAGUUUUUGGGUCAUGGAAAAAAGGGGUGGUCUGAUCUGGGUUGCCGAAGAGAUUGCUGAGGAUGUCGCAUACCUCGAUAUUGAUGUCCUCGGCAAGGUCAAGGGCUCCCAUGGCGAUGUGCGGGCCAUCUGGGGCCAAAGCAUUGCCGACGGUACACCCCUCCAGUCUCUCCUCCCCAAGUUUCCUGUGGAUGCUUUUGAUUCCUAUGACAGGCACCGCGUGGAUUAUUUCGCGGCGCGUACUAUUGAUUAUGUCAACGUGCCGACGACUGUCGAGAAAUCCCCUUCUGAAAAUCAGCUCCGCGUCUCCAGCUUGCCGCAUAUUGCUGGAGUCAUGGUUUUAAAUCCAGACCAGCUCAAAAUCAGCAGCUCGAACAAUAUCUUCGCCGCUGCGUUGUUCGGGUGUGACAAGGCCCAAGGCAUGCCAUUCACGGAUCUGAUUCCUAGUUUCGGCGAUAUGCUGGAUGUAUUGUGCAGCGAGGAUGGUGUCGAAUUAGCCGAUGGGAUUGUUAUUCCUGAGCACAGCUUUCGACGAGCCCGCGCGCUGCUUGCCCUUCGCGAAGGCAAGGAGAACCCCACCGACAUAUUCCUGCGGCCAAGCGGGCUUCCGGCGAAACAUCGAGAUGGCUCAGAUAUCAUGGUCGAUGUACAAAUGCGGGUGGUCCGCAGCGAGUCUGUCUUUCCAAUGUCCGACGAAGCCAUCAUCGAGGAGAAGGACGAAAAUCAGGUUGAGUCGACUAUUGCCGUGGCAGAGCUUGUCUAUGCUGUCUGGAUCAUCUACUCGCGCAACAUCCACUCCACGGGUAUGGUGGGCGCGCAGGCUGGACAUGAGAGUGUCACACGCCCUCUCUCACCACCUUCUCAGCCCGAGCCGCCACCGCAUCUGCCUUCUCCGCCCCCAACUUCUUCACACAACUCGACGAAAUCUUUUGAUAGCCUUGAAAUACCAUUCGGCGCUGACCUUAUGGAUGAUGAAUCACUAGCCAUGGAGGAACCCUUGGAGCAUCCGCCGCCGCACACUCCAUACAUCCCUCACGAAAGGAAGACGAUCGAUGACUUCACGAUCCUGGAAGAAAUGGGCUCGGGAGCCUAUGGCCAGGUGAAGUUAGCUCGAUAUAAGAAAGGUGAAGCCAGAAAGAUGGUAUUGAAAUUUGUCACCAAAAAGCGCAUCCUCGUCGACACUUGGACCAGAGAUCGUCGACUUGGUACGGUUCCGUUGGAGAUACACGUUCUCGAUUAUCUCCGACGUGAUGGACUUCGCCAUCCAAAUAUUGUGGAGAUGAUUGACUUCUUCGAGGACGACGUCAAUUACUAUAUCGAAAUGCUACCACAUGGCAUUCCGGGCAUGGACCUGUUUGACUACAUCGAACUCCGGACAAACAUGACGGAAGCAGAAAGUCAAAACAUCUUUCGACAAGUGGUCGAUGCUAUUCAUCAUCUGCAUACAAAAGCCUUGGUGGUGCAUCGUGACAUCAAAGAUGAAAAUGUUGUCCUAGACGGUGAGGGGCGGAUCAAGCUGAUCGAUUUCGGAAGCGCGGCAUACAUCAAGAACGGGCCUUUCAACGUUUUUGUUGGCACUAUAGAUUAUGCUGCGCCAGAGGUCCUACAAGGCAAACCGUAUUGUGGAAAGGAGCAAGACGUCUGGGCUCUGGGAAUAUUGUUGUACACCAUCGCCUACAAAGAGAAUCCCUUCUACAACCUAGACGAAAUUCUCGAACAUCCCCUGCGAGUUCCAUAUCUGUCUUUCUCCGAGGAGUGCCUUGACCUUAUCCGGAAGAUGUUGGACAGAGAUGUGGAAAGACGGAUCACCAUCGAAGAAGUGCGAGACGACAUCUGGCUCGAGGAAGAGUGCUAG